GAGCAAGAACCAAUAAUCGUUGAUUGCUUACUGAGCGCUUUUUCUACUGAAUGCGCCCUAUAGCUCAUGUCACGUGUACUAUAGAAUUUCAGCAUUGGCAGUGAAUUUCGGAACGUAGCCAUAUUAAACAAGAUGGCUACCACCAGUAUCAAAUUAAAAGUUUGCGAAGUCUGCAACACAAAGAAGGCAAGAUAUACCUGUCCGAAAUGCGAGGUUAGAACGUGCUCUCUCGCAUGUGUAAACAUUCAUAAGAAGGAACUAAAUUGCGAUGGGAUUCGAGACAAAACGAGAUAUAUUCCGCUAAAAUCAUUCACGGAUUUAGAUGUAUUAAGUGAUUUAAUCUGUUUUGUAGAUUAUCGUCUUCUCGAGGAAGUAAACAGAUCAAUUGAUGGAUGUAAAAGAAAUCCAGCAAAGAAAUACACACGUCAAGGUGUACCACUACCACCAUAUUUAUACAAGCUAAAGUCCGCUGCGCAUUUUAGAAAAACGUCUCUGUUGUUUAUGCCACAAAACUUUAGUCGACGUAAAACAAAUUCUACAUAUCUCAAUUGGAAGACUAAUGAGCUUUUCUGGCGAAUAGAAUGGAUCUUCCCACAAGCAGACAACAUAAAGUGGAUAAUGAAAAAGACUCUAGAAACUACGAAACUAUCAACACUUGUGAAUCAGGUUUUAGAUCCUGUCUCUUCAUUAAAGGGAAAUGUUGAUAUUACAGAAUUAAAUGUAAAACUGUCCAAGACAUUGGCUGAUAAAUUAAAGUUUUAUAAAGCAGCUGGGUUAAAUAAUCUUAAAGUUCUUUUAAAAGCCGAGAAGGUGAAAAAAUCAAGUUACAGAUUCUAUGAGUUAGAUUUUGCACUCACAUUAGAGGAAAAUCUAAAAAACAAGACUAUAAUAGAAUUUCCAACAUUGUAUGUUAUUAUGAAGAAUCACUCUGAUAUGUAUGAAGUUAUAGAUACUGAUGAAGAAAGCGACACGGAAUGCAAAAGUCGCGUAACAAGGGAAAACUGUACUGAUAAUGCUACUAAGAAAAAGGAAAGUGAUCCAGUAAAUUACUUCUUUAACGAUUUCUUCGGAUCCGACGAUGAGGAUAUAGAUGACAAAUCAUGCAAAAACAAACACUCAACUGGUUUUGAUAUACCGUAUUACGAGGAACUGUCAAAGACUAAUACUUCGUCUUUAUGAUGAAAGUGGUGUAUUUAUUAUUGGUUACUACUACUAUAAAUAUUUACGUAUACUCAUAUUUUUAUUGUAAAUACAUCAUUGUUAUAGUUUUGAUACAGUUGAGAUACAUACAAAUGUGAUUAACACUAACGAUGUAAAUGGCCGACUAUAGUACACGUUUUUUUUUU